AUGCCUUAAAACAUUUAUGAUUUACAAUUAAAAUAAUAGGAUAGGCUUUUAGCUAAAUUCCAAGAGUUAUUUAGUAAACCUACCCAUGUGAAUUAUAUGAGUAAGUGGGAAGCAAUUUUAGUAGCAAUAUUUUUUCUGUUGGAAGGUUUUUGGUUUACUAAUCUAUUACCUCAUAUCACUUUAGUUACAAUUUAUGUGAUUAGAAUUUUGAGAUGUUAGUCAAAUCAAUCAUUACAAGUAUUUGCCAUCAGAUGGAUGAUGAUGUGUAAGAUUUUGACAAGCAGAUUUUUAUGGGCAUUUGGAUAGGAGAUUUCGUAGGAAAAUUUGAGAAUUGAUUUUCUUUUAUUUUGCUUUUAAGUAAUUGCAACUGUCACAAAAUUUAGGAUAUCCAACAAUAAAUUAAUAGUAAUAACAAUGGUUUUGGUUUUGUAAGUGUGUUUAUCAAUAUUUCACAAUUAAAAAAUUGAUGAAGUUAUUUUGGUUAGUUUAAUUGGAGUUUUGACUAAUAUCUGGUUGAUAUAUCAUCGACAACAACAACAUCAGUUGGAACAUGAAUAGAAAUUAAAAGAAUUUGAUGGAGAAGCUAUGAAAUUGAAGAAGGAAACUGAAAUGUCAUACAAAACUAUUUUUAUAGCCGAUUAACAGUAAUCUCGCUAGGAGGAAUUAUUGAAAAAGUUGAGAUUGCUUAAAUAUGAGAAAUUGCUUAAUAAAUCGGAGCAAACCUAUUAUGAGGAACAAGUGCUAUAAAAAUAAUUAAGUUCACCAUCCCGUAUCUUGACUUUACGUUAAUUGCCAGAAGAUGAGGACAAAAAUUCGAUUGAAGAGAUAGGCGAAACUCCAAGUAGGAGAUCGCCGAUGAGAAAAAUUUAAAGGAUAAAUUCAAUUAAUGAUAAUUCCUAUUAUGCUAGGACAGCAGGCCAUAGUGUGAAGCAAGAUGAAAUUAAGGAGAAUGAGAAUUUCUUAACAUUGGAUGAAAUCGAUGAUUUGUUGAAGAUUGUGAGUGGGAGAAAAGAACAUUUGUGGUUGCCUCAAUUCUUAAGGAGUAACAAAAAUAUCAAUUCUGGUUCAUCAGAGUAAUUUUCUCCAGAAGCUAAAAGUUUUAUUCUUAAUCAUUUUACAGAAUGUGAAUUCAAUUUUCAAAUGUCAUCUAGUCAAUAAUAUAUUUAGGAGCAAUAUCAUAUUCCAAAUAUGAAUGACAAUUUGAUGAAAGAAUGUGAUAAGAAUUUCAAUUUUGAUUUCUUUGAAUUGAAUGAUCAAAACAAAUUCAUCAAUUAUUGUUCCUUUAUCUUUCAGAAAUACAAUGUGAACUAAGUUUUAAAGGUUAAGGAUAAUUCAAUUUAAAUAGAAUUUUGUCAUAGAAUUGAAUAAUUCUACAUGUAGAAUCCAUAUCACAAUUCAUUACAUGCAAUGGACGUGACUAAUUCAGCCCUUUUCUUUUUGGAAAACGGAUUGCAAGUAACCCAAUUUGAAUAGUGUUGUCUAAUAAUAUCAGCCUUGUCUCAUGAUGUUGGUCACCCUGGUUUAAAUAACGGCUUUUUAGUUGCAUCUCAAUCAAAAUAGGCUCUAAUAUACAAUGAUUAAAGUGUAUUGGAGAGUUAUCAUGCAUCAUUAUUGUUCCAUGUUUUGAAAGAUGACAAGACCAAUAUCAUCAAAAACCUGAGUGAUGUAGAUUACAAAGGAUUUCGAAAAUAUUGUUUGAAUUUGAUUUUAGAUACAGAUCUUCAGAAACAUUUUCCAUUACUUAACAAAUUCAAGAACUUUUUAGCCUUGGGAUCAGACAGUCAAUAAGAUGAAUAAAACAAGUUAUUAGUGUUGUCGAUAGCAAUAAAAUGUGCAGAUGUUGGACAUGGAGCCAAACAGUUGAAUUUGCAUAAAAUAUGGAGUAGAAGAAUAAUCGAAGAGUUCUUCUUAUAGGGAGAUUUAGAGUAAUAAGUGGGUAUAUCAGUGACACCAAUGUGCGAUAGAAGUUAGAGUGUAACAAAAUCUUAGGAAGGAUUCCUCAAGGCAAUAGUUUGGCCAUUAUUUGAUGCCUUCUCGGAAUACUUGAAGAAUGAUAACUUCAAAACAACAUGUUUAGAUUAAAUCAAUGUGAAUAUUGCCUAUUGGUAAUAACAAUAGUAAGAAGAAGAGUAGAAGAGUGAAGGAUAAAAAAAAUGUUCAUUCUUUAUCGAUACAAAUUAUAUUCAUCUACCUCAAUAAAAUACCAAUACAAUGAUAAAUUUGAAUUGGUGA